ACUUUUUGAGAUUUUGAAUAUUUUACUUGACUAGAAGUUAUUUUAUUUGUUCAUUUCUUAUCUUUUUCGAUGAUUUCUUGGGGUGUAACAAUCACCUGUAAAAACACGGGUCAAUUUUCUUCCGCAAAAGGUUUCCUUCACUUAAAGCAAGCAGUUUUAUUAAAGGGAAAAAAGGUUUACUUAAAAGUGCGUUUCUUCAAAAACAAUAACCCGCAAGAAUUCGUAUUAGGUGUCUUAACCGAAAAACAGCCAAAUUUAAUUUUAAAACAUGAAUUUAGGGAAUCAGUUCAGUUCCUUAUCGAAGGCAAUACUGAUUCUUCAUUAAGCUUAUUUGGAAAUUUGAGCGUAAAAAAAGACGCCAUUGACUUUUCCGUUUUAAAGAUGUUCUCAGUAAAAAAGUCACUCGACUCCUUGAUUAACAUACCUUCCAUUGUUGAAUUACUAGGAGGAGACGAUGAAUUAAACGUUUCAAAUGAAAUGUCCGAUCGGGUUGUUGAUGUAACCGACGAAAUCGGUUUAGAAGAAAUCGACAAUACAUCAGGCAAUGCUAUGUCCGAAAGCAAUACAUUAAAACUGAACAAUAAUUUAAAGGAAAAAACAAAUCUUCUUAAUCUUUGUGAAACAAACAAGAUGAGAAUUGAAACUGAAAAAGAUUUAAAGAGUUUGGAGAGAACGGAAGCCACAAGCAUUAAUAAAAAAACUAAAACUCACGAACCAUCGACGACUGUUUUCAAGAAAGAAUCAGAGGACAUUAUAGAAAAUCCUUUAAAACAACGAACAUUACCAGGAGGAAUAACUUAUUCCAUUUUGUCAAUAGGGCAAGGAAAAAUCGCAACAGUAGGCAAACGGGUUCGUGUUAAAUACGAAGGACGCCUUGCUACCACUGGUAAAAAAUUUGAUCAUGGAUCUCUUGAAUUUACUAUUGGAGCAGGGGAAAUGAUUAAAGGUUUUGACUUAGGAAUUCGCGGUAUGCUUGUAAAAGAAAAAAGAAAAAUAUUUUUGCCGUCCCGUAUGGCUUACGGAAAAGAAAAAGUUGGAACGAUUCCUCCGAAUUCAAAUCUUAUUUUUGAAAUAACACUACUUUCUGUGUCAUAAAACCAAUUAUUUUUAUAUAUUCUUCUUAUUGGAGAAUGCUUAAAAAUAUAAUAAAAUAGGAAAUAAAAUGAGCCUUGAAUGUCAUAAAACAUGUCAAAAAAUAAGUGUAGUAAAACUCCCGUCUUUUUUUAGUUUUUAAUGAUUUUAAUAUUGUACAUACAAACAAUAAAAUAAGUUUGUACGCUCGAACCAUCACUCGUAGACAUUUAUCUAGUACUCCUUAAUCAUAUGAAAGCACACUAGUUUAGUAGCGUAUCAAGAAUCAUGAUUUUAAAAUAUUUGUUCCUGAUUUUGACAAUCUUACAUUUACGUAUGUUUGCGGAAGCAUUUCUGGGUCUGCCAGACCCAUUGAGCGAUGUAGUUGACGCUUUCAAAACACAUCGAGUGGGUUAUCGAUUGUCACAAUCGAUACCUGUGAUUUUAGGCAAUCUUGGGCAAGUAGCAGGACAAGGCGUUAUUGAUGCAGCUGGAACAUCGAUUCGAGUAGCAGAAAAUGCACUGAAAGCUGCUGCUUCACCCGUCACAAGUGGAGCAAUUAAAGACGCUUUCAAUAACAUUGAGUCAGAACCUUUACUUCGAAAUAGUCCACCGGGUGUUAGAGGAUAAACAUUAAAUAGAACGCUCGAUAUUUUUUUUUAUUAAACACUUGAGCAUACUCAAUUUUUCAAUUAUAUGUAGCAGACAAAGAAAAUAUUUUAAAUUCAUUAGUAUUUGUAAACAUUGUUCAA